AUGAAACCAACCCAACCCAUAACCGCCUACGAAGCCACCGAUCCACGUCUAACCAAAUCCUACCAAUCCAUCAAAUCAAAACUAACCAACACCCAAUCAUUACCUAAGAUCGGAAUAGUUUGUGGAUCAGGUUUAAACAAUUUAUCAACCAACUUGUCUGAUCCGAUCACCUUGAAAUAUGAAGAAAUCGAUCAAUGGCCUAAAGUUUUUACUAAUUCGGUCGUUAAGGGUCAUGAGUCUAAAGGUUUAACGUUUGGGAAAUUGGGUGAUGUUCAGGUGGUUUGUCAAACUGGAAGAUUCCAUUGUUACGAAGGUUAUCCACUACUAGAUGUCAUCUUUGCCGUCAGGAUCUUCAAAUUAUUAGGUUGUGAAGCAGUGAUUCUGACCAAUGCAGCAGGAGCAGUUAAUCCGAAUUUAAAAGUAGGACAAAUUAUUACACUUUAUGAUCAUCUUGCAUUACCUUCACUUACAUCUUGGAACCCUUUAAUCGGACCUAACAUAGACACACUCGGUCCUCGUUUCCCUCCCAUGUCAGAUGCUUAUGAUUUCGAGCUUAGGAAAUCGGUGUUUAGAUCAUUACCUGAAAUCGGAUUAAAAAAAGGUGAUGUGGUCGAAGGAAUUUAUGCAUGGGUUUCAGGUCCAACGUACGAAACAAGAGCAGAAGGAAGAUUCAUAAAAAGUACAGGAGCAGAUGUAGUAGGAAUGUCGACAGUACCAGAAGUGAUCGCAGCAAGACAUGUAGGAUUAAGAGUCUUGACUUUAUCACUUGUGACGAAUGUGGUGAUCGAUACUCCUUAUAGAAGUGCAGAAGAAUGGGUGGAGAAUGAGAGAAAGGAUUUGGGGGAUUCGGGACUUGGACUUGAACCUGUUUGGAAGGAAGAAACUGCUAAUCAUGAAGAAGUAUUGGAAAUUGGAAAUUUGAAGUCCAAGGAUGUGCUAAAGAUUGUCAAAUAUGUAGUAAACGAUUCUAGAUGGAAAUCAUAACCACCAAACCAACUCAAUGAAUUGAUUGUAAAAGUUUGAAUUUGAUCAAGUUGAUCAUCAACUCUUUGGAUCUGUAUAAGGUUUUUUAGAAUGUUUGGUCGUUAUAAAUUAGAUUUGGUUUUCGUUGGUUUUUUUGUAAACCUCAGAACCAACCCACAUGCAUGCAUGUCUUUUGAUAUAUAUUUAUAUUGUUUCAUACACGUAUGAAGGUUGCUUGUAUUUUUAUUUAACUUUCAUGAAGAAAGAUUUGGAAUUGAUUUCUGCUUUGAUGAUGAUGAUGAUG